UGAUCAGCCCACUUUGUCGGGGUUAGUGUCUCCAUGCAAGACUGCUGAAAAAGAAGCUCAGACUCUCGCAUUUUCUUUUAUUCGCAAGGCAAGCAUACGCGACAAAGCAACAAGCCCGUCCACGGCUACAAAAGCACAAGAAGUGGAAGAAAAGCCUAUAAGUAAUUUUCUAGACUCAUCACUGUCUCACAGCUCCCUGCACAAUGUCUGGAGAGGACGCACCUGCCGAGCAGCAAAACGCCGUGGACCAGAAGCAGGAGACCAAACCCGCCGAGGAACCCAAAGCCGAGACGCCCAAGACUGAGCCCGCACCCGCCGCCGCUGCCGAGGCAACGGCGACCGCCGAGAAGGUCCCCGAGGAGGAGACGUUCACCUACCGCGCGCUGGUGCUCACCGGCUACGGGGGCUAUGAUAAAGUGAAGCUGCAGGUGAAGAAGGGCAAACCGGCGCUCAAGGCUGGAGAGGUCCUGGUGCGGGUCAAGGCUUGCGGGCUGAACUUCGCGGACCUGAUGGCUCGGCAGGGGCUGUACGACCGGCUGCCGUCCCCACCGGUCACCCCGGGAAUGGAGUGCUCUGGGGUAGUGGAGGCUGUGGGGGAAGAAGUGACGGACAGAAAAGUUGGUGAUAAGGUGAUGGUGCUGAACCGCUUUGGGCUGUGGCAGGAGGUGGCGGUGGUGCCUGCAACCCACACCUUCCUCAUCCCAGAGGGCAUGAGCUUUGAGGAGGCAGCAGCCCUCCCUGUGAACUACAUCACUGCCUACAUGAUGCUGUUUGACUUUGGAAACCUGCGGCCCAAUCAGAGCGUCCUCAUUCAUGCUGCAGCAGGUGGUGUGGGUAUUGCAGCCACUCAGCUGUGCAAAACAGUGAACGAUGUGACUGUGUUUGGCACGGCAUCAGCCAGCAAGCAUGAGACCAUCAGCCAGGGUGGAGUCACGCAUCCCAUCGACUAUCGCACCAAGGACUAUGUGGAGGAAGUCCGCAAGAUCAGUCCGAAAGGGAUGGACAUAAUACUCGACCCUCUCGGAGGAUCAGACACCCAUAAGGCCUACAACCUGCUGAAGCCUAUGGGGAAACUUAUCACCUAUGGUGCCGCUAACAUGCUCGCGGGCCAGAAGAAGAACCUGCUCGCUGUGGCCAAGAACUGGUACCAUCAGUUCUCCAUCCACACGCUCAGCCUGAUCCAGGGGAACAAGUCGGUGUGCGGGUUCCACCUGGGCUACCUGGAUGGGGAGAUGGAGCUCAUCACCCAGGCCAUGAACACCAUCCUGGAUCUCUACAAGGAGGGCAAGGUCAAGCCCCGCAUCGACUCCACCUGGCACCUUGAGCAGGUGGGCGAUGCCAUGAGAAAGAUGCAGGAGAGGAACAACAUCGGCAAAGUGAUCCUCAACACAGAGCCGAUGCCCGAGGAGGAGAAGAAGGAGGAGCCCAAGAAGGAGGACAAGAAAGAGGACAAGAAGAAGGAUGACAAGAAGAAGGAUGACAAGAAGAAAGACGAUGGCAAGAAGGAGGAGAAGAAGGAUGACAAGAAGAAAGAGGAGCCCAAGAAGGAAGUGAAGAAGGAGGAGGAGAAGAAGGAAGAGCCCAAGGAGGAGAAGUGAGAGGGAGGGAUGGAUAGUCAAGCAGACCAGCAGGGAGUUUGUGUCCUGGGAGCAGGGGGUGGGGUGUGGGGUAGGAUGGAGAUGGAGAUGGAGAUGGAUGGGGUGGGAGGGUGGGGGAGGAGUGUAAGCAAGGAUUGGAAGGAGUAAGAAGGUUAGAUUACAAAAUUAUCACACCAAUGUCGAUCGUUCAUCUCUUCCACAUCCCCUCCCCAGUCCACAGUGGCAGUGAUUUCUCAGGCCUGGCUCCACCCACCCCUCCUCCCAUCCUCUAUUGUUGCCUUUAUCUCUAAAAAAAAUGUUUCCAAUCACUUGUAACAUCUUGUAAGCUCUAAACUUAUCUCCCUGCCUCACAAGAUCAAGAAAAGCAGCUGAACAGGAGAUUUUCCUAUUGGGAAUGAUUGAGACAAGAGAGCCGUGGAGGAUUGUGGGUACUGCCUAGGCCUGGGGCAAAUGACUGUCUCCUUGUGCAGCCACAAUCCCUUCUCCCACUCCGGCCCCACCCUCGACCCCCCCAUGCCCCUCCACACCUCAACUCCCACUGUGCUAAAUUGUUCUGCUCUGACUUCCACCUGCCACCUCCUCUUCCCCCCUCACUGUGCUGAGUCCCCCCCCCCUCCCUCCCUCCCUCCCUCCCUCCCUCCCUCCCACACCUCCCACACCACCCCCAACCCAUCCACUGGCCGGACCCACAGACAGGCACAAAGACAGGCAGAUAAACGGAGAACCACACCCACCCACACGUUGCUCUCUUAGUGUCCAACGCUUAGUUAUGUCACUAAGGAUGAGUCAGAGAAGCCUAUGAUUGGCUGAUGCUCUUCAGCUCCCCUGGAGAUAUUUGCAUCAUUGUUUUGAUCAUGAUGUUUGAUUGCUCAGACAAUAGUGUUAAUGCUACAAGGCCUUACAUUGGUUAUCAUUUAUACGCCCUUAGUUUUGAUAUAUCAGAGAGACAGCUCCAUAAUGCAUGCGCUCCCACCACAUUUCACCGAAGUUCACAUACUGACUGCAGUUUUGCACUUGCCUGAAUAUGAAUUUCCACUCAUAAUGAGCCUUUCUGUGCAGUGUUGAAUGAAUAGGGAGGCAGAAAUCAUUGCUCAGCUUCCCUCUCCUUAGUUACAGAUUUUUCUAGCUGACCAACUGUUGGCAAGAAGUGCGCAGUGCCAAUUAAGAGAGAAUUUGUUUCUGUUCAAACAAGCCACAAAUAGACACACACACACACACACACACACACAUGCAUACACACUCUGAAUGUGAUGAAAGAGGCACUGUCAUGCUGAGACAGUGUUUCCAUUAAAGUCAAAGCGAAUUUUGAAGUGAAAUUUUGAAAUGCCGCAUUAAAGCAAAUGCGAAUUAGGGGCGUUUCCAUCAACUAUUUUAGAGCAUGUAAAACAAGCUGCAUAACCAUACUUUGGUCAGUAGAUGGCAGUGUGAUGUGUUGCUGUAGGCUAGUCCGUCAAUAAACUGUAGAAGAAGCAGAGAUUGCACAAGAGAGAGAAAACAACAACUGGAUUAAAUUGGGCAAUUCAAUCGGAAAAAUCGUUUCCAUCUCCCGUUUAGCGCAUUAACUAUUUUUUUCGAGAAAGACAAAAACCUCCAACGAGCGAAAAACUUUUAUGCGCAUUUUCGAAAGUUUUAUCAAAUUUUGGUGUUUCCAUCAAGCUUUUCUCAUGCAAAUCAUAGAAAUGUGUUGAUGGAAGCACUCGUUGGAAAUGAGCAAGUUAAGAAGGUGAAUAUCAGUCCUUUUUCCUCUCUCUCUUCGGGAUCAGGCCUCCCUGAUCCUCCUCGAGGCAUUCCAUGGCAUUCUGCUCCUUUCACAGCGACCGCUCGCCUGUCGAUCACCCUGACCUGAGAGAGUGGAGAAUUCAAUUCAAGCUGGCGUCCAUACUUCCCCUCCCCUGCUUGUCUCCACUCUGCUCUCUCUCUCCCUUCUCUUUCCACUUCCCUCUCUAUGGUAGGCAUAGCAACAGGCGUCAGGCUCGUCAGAGAAGGCACUGUGGUCUGUUUCUCUGACUCCCUCUUUCUGUGUCUCUCUUUUCUCUGCCUCCCUAACUCUAUAUUUGCCAACAGUCAGCACUGUCGAGUAGCAUUCCAACAGGUGUCAAAUGCAUUUUCAGAUGAUGCAAUGAAGAUGUGGAGCAGUUUUCAUGGUUUUUAUUAUUGCGAUACCAAACAGUUUGUCCAAAACGGUUUAAAUCAAGUAUUGACAAUGUGUGCAAUUAGCAGUGUGCUGGCUAAAACGGCACAUCGCUCCCCCUAAUGGUCAGGAUUAAUUUUGUCUCACUGGUGAAAUUAAAGGCCAUUAAAGAAAAUCCUUAGCAUUUCAUCCUAAAUUCCACUGGGUCUGCAAAAAAGUAUGAAUGUAUUAUGUAGUAGAUCAGACAUGUGGGGAAUCAAUUUCAAUCAUAAAAAAUCUUCAUUCAACUCAGCACAGAAUGAUAAAUGCUGUGAUAAAUGAUGCUAAAAGGAACAAAACAACUAUAGUUUCAGUGCUUAAGAUUAUGAGGUCGUCCCACCAACUGUACACUGGACGUACAAAGAAAAAGAUUUAUGGUGUGUAAACCUUCAUCUCUCUGCAUUCUUUCUUCCUGCGUGACUGUGAAAGAUGACAUGAGCUUAUCUUGGGGUCUGCAGUGACCUCCAGUCCACGAGAAUAUGAAAAAAAUCACAGUGAACAAUAAGUCAUAAAAACAGCAAUCAAAACAAAAAGAAAUAUCAAAGAAAUUAAAUUACAGUGUGGAGGUAUAUCAGUGCAACCAUAAUUAACGAUGGAUGCUCGCAUUUUGAUUGGAACAGAGAUACGUACUAGCUACGGUUAGGUACCUGGACUUUCGUGUAGGAAGAUGCAAGCUUUUAGACAUUUAUCCAACCUGCCUGGCUGCCUGCCUGUCUGUGAGGUUGGCCUCGGUGUUGAGACUCAGAUGGUGACUAGUGACUUUGUAAAAAACACAAAACAAAAAUGUUUUAAAAAAAAAAAAAAAGAAAAGAAAAAAAGUUGUUGUGUUAGCAUGAGUGGCCUCCCUCAUGUGCUGUGUGUGGUGUGCCAUUGUGUGUGAAGAUGUGUGUGUCCUCAGGUCGUUUGUCAGGUUUUAAAAGCACCUACCCUACCCUUGCCACACCCCCCCACCCCCCUCACACUACUCUGCUACAGUAUUAUGUAGCUCCAACCCUCCCUUCUCACUCUAUCUCUCCCUCCUGUCUGAUAAGAGGCCUGUGUUAUGAGGACAGUUGGUAUUAGUAUUUUGCACUCUGCUCGCUGAUCUUAAUGCACUUACAGGCAUGGCAGUCGCACUCCAGUCCCACGCAGGCUUUGAUUCAGCUCCAGGUUUGCAGCCUGUUUCCCAUCAUCUACUCCCAGUGUAUCUGCUGUAGCUCACUGAAAGCACAGGUGGCACACACACAUACACAAAAACACACACUCAUGUUAAGGUCCCCUCAUUUUCAGCUUGCCAGUCCCUGCCUGGGCCAACUUCUCCUGGGUGGCAGCUAAAAUCAAAGCAUUCAUCCAUCCUUGACUGUGGGAGGUAAAAUGUGGAGCAGGGCGGAGUGAACUGGGCUUGAGUGCGACCGCCACGCUGGUGUGGGGAGUGACUGUGUCCUGUCAGCCUCUGGUUAGUGUUCUGUUCUAAUCUGCUGGGCUCCCUUUGUGAACCUGUGGACGGUGCUUCUGUUACGAGUGCCAUGUGAGAAACAAACGCUUCAGUAAAAAGAAAAAAAGGAUGUUUUACUUAAUAUGUUAUUUUAAUUUACCUUUAUAUUUCCGUUUGUUUGUCUGUUUUGUUAUCCAAGGGUUUAAAGUUCAAAGCUCAUAUACUCUUAUGUGGGGACCUGCCAACCUGCACUCCUUUUAAAUGUGAUGAAGUCUUUCUGUUGGUCCGAACCAUGUGUGCCAAAUUGUAUGUAUAUUCCUCUGUCAAUGCUUUGAAUAUUAACAGUGCAUAAAAAAAUAUGAAGAAAAGUCUGUUUUUGGAUGCAUUUCCGUCAACCUUGAAGAAAAGAAAAUACAAAAGAGUCGUCACAGUGUGUCAGAUUUGUAUCCCAAAUGCUCGUGGGUGUUGACAGAAUUUUUGCUGCAGUUUACAAAAGGUUUAACACAAUUUGUAGUUUUUGAUUGGUUGCAGUCUUGCUCAAGCGUAGGCCUGCACUGUGCCUCUCUCCUUGCACACAGCUUACCUCAAUCCGAGGCACCUCCCUCCGUAUUUAAAUCCUUUUCACUGUGUUUUACCAGCUCUCGCAUCAUGUCGACCAACAACAGGUUGAAGUGUUUACAACCAUAAUAUUAGUAUCACAGUGAAAAGGGACUGGACGUGGUGCAUUUAAGGUCCAAAACCCCACCAAAAGACAUAUAGAUUCACAGAAAUCUGCAAAUUUUCCUCCAGACCCAAAGCUCCAUGGUAUUCCUCUCUAUAGAUUUUCUAUUUCUUUCAGUUUGUUUCCAAAUGGCUUGUGUAGCAAGUGAGGGAGCAGAUGUUUUCACACAGCUGUGCAGGGAUGCCAAUAUUGUAACACAGCUGCACAAAACCCCAGCUCAUUGGCUGAUCAUAGCAUAGCUCAGGCCUGCCCCAGACACAACAUUUCCGCUUUACAGCUGAUCUCAGUUCACUCAAGGAUUAUUAGAGACGUCCCUCUUUUCCUGUGCUGCAUCUGCAGAGAAAGUUGGCCAGUGCAACAGUCGCACUCUCUCUCUCUCUAUAGACAUCCAUUGCAAAUAAAACAUUUGUUUGACAUCUGGAAUUUGAAAUUGCAUGCAUUCAUCGGCAUGUGGAAAACCGAUUAUAAUCUCUUUCUUUCUUUCAACAUUUUCCCCUUGGUUCUUUUGAGCUAAGAUGCCUUUGAGAUGAACUAAAUCAGUUGGGCGGGUGGCCUGAGAGCACUUCCACCAUGGUGAAGCUGCACUGUAAUGUCAUCUUGAAAUGGUUUCCCAGUCAUUCCAGACACUUAUGCAAGAGUACUUAGCAACUCAGAGAGACACAGGAGAAAAACAGUGUUUCAAAGUAAAGACCAACUUUCUGCACAUUUGCAGUUUUAGAUUUGAUAUUACUAAUUAACACUCGUAGUUUUAGGUUUGAAAAAUGCACUAAGACAAUGAGUGUAGUAUUUCCAAUAGCUACUCUUCUGUAUGUCUUGGCUUGUAGAGCUGAAGUCCCUCACAGGCACCCACCGUUCAGCUUUGAGGUGAAUUCCUUUCUGUUUUAUAUGGUUUCUCAGGUCAUUCCAAACAGCAGUUUCCUCGUGUCAGAAACCACUUAGUUUUGCAUUCACUAACACACACAACAUCAUUCUGUUCACUGCACAAACUGUCACACCAUCCAUGAUCAAUGUAAGCUUUAGCAUUCCAAGUAAAAAAGCUGAGGCUCUGUCAGUUCCAAAAUCAGAGCCGCUGUGUCCACUCAUACACACUGAGAACCCAAACAACCACAUCUGCCUGCAGCUACUGUUUCAUUUUUACAUCCCAGCAACAUUGCAGAGAUGCUACGGAAGUACAACCUGGCUGGGCUUGUCACGUACAGUACUAGGAUGCAUGUUUAGUCGACCAGAAAAUAAGGCAUGUGUUAAUGUACAGCUCACCGUCUCUUUUUCCAUGAUAGUUUAGUAGUCGUGUAGUGGCGUGGUGUGAGGGAGAAUGACCUUCCAGUCGUAUCAAGAAGCCAAUCCACUGCCACCUGACUCCCUGUCCUAACUUUCAGCAUGGGCACUGUCAUGGCCAUCUGGCUCACUCAUGAUACACCUUAACCUAUCUCUGGGAAUGUUUCAGAAAACUCGCUUCACACCCAUCCCACUACACCUCCUGUUAGAGUUCAGUCACCACUGGUAAUUUUCUACAAGGCAUACCCAACAGGUUGAAUUCUAAGCUAGUUCUCCUCCACUCUGACCUUCCUUGUGUUUAUUUUUUCUUUCCUGGUUGCAAACACUCUUCUCGUCUCAACUUUGUUUUUUAAACCCUUUGAAUUGAUGCUGCUUUUGUGCUUGACUCUGGGUUUACUGCGUGGUGCCAUGUUGUCCACAUGGCCUCUAGAGCUUGUAACGCUUCAGUGUGUAAUGUUACCAUAUGCCUUACAUGUUUUCCAGGACUAAUAAAAAAAGCAUAACAAAA